UUCCGCGUAGAUACCAACAAAACAAAGAAAAAAAGAAACCAGAUAGGGCGACGACAAAGCACCCGACAGAAAGCAAUACAACUAUACAAGUACUCAUCAUUGACGCCUGUUUGGUUGCUGCUACAAAAAUGGAUGACAACAAUCACAUGGAGCCAUGGGAUUGGCAUAGGGAGGAUUAUUAUUGUCUCCAAAACAGUGAAAACACUUCCAAUUUUGACGAAGAUCUUCCGUACGUGUUCGGUGAUGAAACAACCCCAGUGAAGGCUUGUGGGGAUUUUGAAUACAAUGUCAAUAAUAAUGAAUCACAUAAUAUGCAAAAGGAAACAGAGAAAUGUUGGGAGACUUCGUCCCAAGUCAAGAGACGGCGGAUGCUACAGUUCAAUACUCGAGAUGAGCAUCAUUCCCUUUGCAAUGAAGAAAUUUCUUUAGAGUGUUUGAAAUUAAAUGGGAAGGAGGACUCAAAUGAGGACGUUUUGACAGAAGUUUCACAAUGGCUGUCUGGGCCUUCAGGAAAUCCAUCUGCUUCUAAUUGCGAGGACGUUGUGUCAGCUGAAGGGUGGCUUGCAGAUUGUUUUAGUGAUGCUGAAAUGCAAUUAUGCCCCGAUGAUUUGAAUUUUUCCAGGGGAAAUGAUGUUCAUAUUGAUGUUGCAGAGCUGUGCAACUUCACACCAGUGUCUGAACAGAAAGCAGUUCAGCAUCACAUCACUCAAACCCCCACAAAUAUUGUCUUCAAAGGGCGGAAAUCUUUUAUACGACCACCCACAAAGUUACCUUGUUCUGUAGCCUAUCCAUUUGCCUUCAUUAAACCCAGUGGUACUGAUGGAGAUGUCACUCUGAAGGAAAUAAAUCAGCGCAUUCAGUGUUCACCGACUUCAAAACCAAAGCAAACCAGGGAAGAUCCAAAAUACCCCAAAUCAGCCUUUUCAGGGAAGCCUGUAGUUGGAAAAAUGAAAAUUCACACUGAAGGGGGGAAAGGUAGCAUCACUAUUAUGAGAACUAGAGGUUAGGUAUGUGUAAGUUGUUAGUACUAACUUUUGUAUUAGACCAUUUAGUUGGAAGAUUAUAUUAAUGGUGCAACUUUUGUUCUUAUUGACAUCCAUAUAGUAUGUGUAUCUAUUAUGAGAACUAGAGGUUAGGUAUGUGUAAGCUGUUAGUACUAACUUUUGUAUUAGACCAUUUAGUUGGCAUAUUAUAUUGAUGGUGCAACUUUUGUUCUUAUUGACAUCCAUAAAUUACACAGCCUAGUGUUUGUUUCAA